AUGCCCGCCGCCGACGCCUCCACCAAAACCACCACCUUUGCCGCCGCCGAAACCGCCUCCUGCACCACCGCCACCACCAAAUCCUCCGCCAGCACCGCCACCGGCUCCUCCACCAAAGCCUCCGCCUGCACCGCCGCCGAAACCGCCACCCUUGCCUCCUCCGAAACCACCUCCUGCUCCGCCGCCUACUCCGCCUCCUGCUCCAGCACCACCUCCUGCACCGCCGCCUACUCCGCCUCCUCCACCUACGCCGCCGCCGACGCCGGCUCCUGCACCGCCACCCUUGCCUCCUCCGAAACCACCUCCUGCACCGCCGCCUACUCCGCCGCCGACUCCGGCUCCUGCACCGCCACCCUUGCCUCCUCCGAAACCACCUCCUGCACCGCCGCCUACUCCGCCGCCGACUCCGGCUCCUGCACCGCCACCCUUGCCUCCUCCGAAACCACCUCCUGCUCCAGCACUACCUCCUGCACCGCCGCCUACUCCGCCUCCUCCACCCGCGCCACCACCGACGCCGGCUCCUGCACCGCCACCCUUUCCUCCUCCGAAACCACCGCCUGCUCCGCCGCCUCCACCAGCUCCUGCACCACCGCCUCCUCCGACUCCUCCACCUGCACCACCACCGAGGCCACCCCCUGCACCGGCGCCACCACCGCCUGUGACCGUGACGAGUCGAUCUGUGGUAAACUUGGAUUUGCAGCAGAAAUACAACCGGUGGUUUUCGCUGCAAACUAA